AUGUCAGAAGGAUUCGCGAUCGAGCUCUACUUCGACCCAGCGCUCGAAAACCAAGUCUUGAAAGCUUGGAACGUCUUCGCUCGCCGUCAAAUCAGUACCAAAUUGAUCAACACCGAGUCUCGUCCACACAUAACCCUCUUCUCCACUUCUUUCCUCGACUCAUCCAAGCUCGAACCCAUCAUCAAAUCCAUGGCAUCGAGGCAGGAGCCACUCUCGCUCUCUUUCUCAUCGAUCGGAAGCUUCUCGAGCGACAACAACGUACUUUUCCUCUCACCCACACCUUCUCUCUCGCUUCUUCAGCUUCAGGUUCAGUUAUGCGACGCGAUUAAGAGAGAAGGUGUUGAGAUUGGGGAAGAGUAUCGUACUGAUUCGUGGGUUCCGUUUUGUCCUGUGGCUAUUGAUGUACCUAAAUCUCGUAUCUCUGAGGGUUUCUCUGUUUUGAGGGAAUUGAAGCUUCCUGUGAAUGGUUACGCCAUGGAUAUUGGUCUUGUUGAGUUUUCUCCUGUUCGUGAAGUCUUCUCCUUUGCUCUUGGUAACAAUUUGGAGUCUUGA